CCCCACCGUCGCCAUAAUACAGCAGCAGCGGAAACGGCUGAGAAGUGGCUAGAAAACAAAAGAGAGCACGCAGUCGUCCUCGCCAUUUGGUAUGCUCUUGCAGUGUUACAGGAAUGCCCAAGGAAAAAUAUGACCCGCCGGAUCCCAGGCGGAUGUACACGAUAAUGUCCAGCGAGGAGGCAGCCAAUGGGAAGAAGUCAUACUGGGCUGAGCUGGAAAUAAGUGGUCGAGUGAGAAGUCUGAGCACAGCCCUAUGGUCACUCACCCACCUCACUGCCCUGCACCUCAGUGACAACUCAUUGUCACGCAUCCCGCCAGACAUUGCCAAACUUCACAAUUUGGUGUACCUGGAUCUUUCAUCGAACAAGAUCAGGAGCCUGCCAGCAGAGCUCGGCAACAUGGUGUCUCUCAGGGAACUGCUUUUAAAUAACAACCAGUUGCGGGUUCUGCCGUUUGAAUUGGGAAAACUGUUUCAGUUACAAACACUGGGGUUAAAAGGAAACCCACUUGCACAAGAAAUUAUGAGCCUCUACCAGGAACCUGACGGCACGCGAAGACUGCUCAACUACUUGUUAGACAAUCUGGCGGGGGCUAUCAAGCGUAUACCAACAGAGCAGCCUCCGGCUCGGUCGUGGAUCUCUCUGCAGGAACCAGACCGAGCCCGGCCAUCAGCACUGUUUUCUGUCAUGUGCUACAACGUGUUAUGUGAUAAAUACGCCACAAGGCAGCUGUACGGCUACUGCCCUUCUUGGGCUCUGAACUGGGAGUACAGGAAGAAGUCCAUCAUGCAAGAGAUUAUGGGCUGCAGUGCGGACAUCAUCAGUUUGCAGGAGGUGGAGACGGAGCAGUACUACAAUUUUUUCUUGCCUGAGCUGAAGGAGCAGGGUUAUGACGGGUUCUUCAGUCCAAAGUCGCGAGCUCGGACCAUGUCAGAGUCGGACCGCAAACAUGUCGAUGGAUGUGCGAUUUUCUACAAAACAGAAAAGUUCAGUGCUGUGCAGAAGCACACAGUGGAGUUUAACCAGCUGGCAAUGGCUAACUCGGAGGGCUCAGAGGCAAUGUUGAACCGCGUGAUGACGAAGGACAAUAUCGGGGUUGCUGUAUUGCUUGAAGUCCGCAAAGAGAUGAUGGAAGUGUCCUCUGGGAAGUCACUGCACGGCAUGGAGAAGCAGCUGCUGCUGGUAGCCAACGCCCACAUGCACUGGGACCCGGAAUACUCUGACGUCAAGCUGGUUCAGACCAUGAUGUUCCUGUCGGAAGUAAAGAACAUUGUGGACAAGGCGACGCGCAGCCUCAAGUUGUCCUCGGUCUCCGGUGAAACCAAUGGCAUUCCACUGGUGCUCUGUGCUGACCUCAACUCUUUGCCUGACUCUGGUGUGGUCGAGUACUUAAGUACGGGUGGAGUGGAUUGCACUCACAAGGACUUCAAGGAGCUUCGCUAUAGCGACAGCCUGACCAAAUUCAACUGCAAUGGCAAGAGCAGCACGUCCAACGGCAGGAUCACCCACGGCUUCAAGCUGAAAAGCGCUUACGAGAACGGCCUGAUGCCUUACACCAACUACACGUUUGACUUCAAGGGUGUCAUCGACUACAUUUUCUACUCCAAGCCUCACCUGAACGUCCUGGGCAUCCUGGGCCCCCUGGAUCCUCACUGGCUGGUAGAGAACAAUGUCAGCGGCUGCCCGCACCCUCACAUCCCCUCCGACCACUUCAGUCUCUUCACCCAGUUGGAGCUGCUUCUGCCCAACUUGCCCCCGCAGGUCAAUGGCCUCCAUCUGCCUGCACGCAGGUAGUGAGUCCCUGCCACUCCACCAGGCGGGAGGGUGGGGGCUCUCUCCCUGUCUGACCACGUCCCCUCCCACGACCAGCUCUUCCCUCUGCCGCCCGGAGGAGGAAGGCAAAAAAGGAAAAAACACAACCUGUAAAAUAUUCGUACAGUGAGGUCUGGCCAACAGGGAUUUCCUAUGAUGUUAUAGAUAUUCUAUAUUUUUCUUUUUUCUCUCUGUCUUUUUUUUAACUGCUCAAUUCAGUACACUUUGUGGAUCAUAAUUUGUCUUUUGGACUCCCUAUUCCCACCCAUCCAUACUCAUUGCUGUCUUGUCACGCUACACAGGAUGCUAGCUCAUCCCGCGUUUUUCGACGCGAAGGGAGGGCCACGUUUAGCGGAGAAGCUUCCGAGCUGAUGCUGCGUGUGCGCGUGUGUCUGCCUGUUCUGUAUAAACCUGAAACCAGCAAAGAUGGCAGACAUGUCACUCUUUACACAUGCAUCGGGCCGGUAGUCGGGAGUCGAGACGGAAGCUUUUCCCACUGGCAUUCAGUGGUGCUUGGGGCCCAUCGAGUGCCCACGGCCUCCUGUGGUGCUACACCUCCGACCCCGGCCCAGCCUCCGGUCCCACUGGUGCAAUGGCUCCGACACCCACAGAGCCACCCAACGGUGCUGCACCACUUCACACAGCCUGGAGGGACGCUUUGAGAAACAGCCACCAACCUAAUUUCAGACUGUUUUGGGUGUUGUUGUUGUUGUUAGUCUCGUCUUACUGCUAUGAAGCACUCUCAGCCUGCACUUAAUUUUGGGUAAGGGCCAUUUGGGGCUUGUGGUCUUGAUUUGGUUCUAGUCAGGAAGCGAGGGAGCGAGUCCUGGGUGGUACGACCAGCAUUCCUCUCACUGUCCAGCUCAACACACACACACACACACACACACACACACACAGAUUUGUAGCACUGUCUUGACGGCCAGUAGUGACACAUUCCCGCUCCUUAAAUCCCACAUACACAACCUCGCAUGAUAUCAGUGUAUUCAGUUCUUUUGUUUUUUGUUUUUUUUUUUCCUCCAAACGAGUGUUUGUACAGAAUCAAAAGCGUAGAUUCAGUCUUUACAUGAUUGUAUAUGAACCACAAAAGACCUGUUUUCUGGUGUUUUUUGUACCAAGAGUAAAUUAUGAUCCCAUUUGAGAGAUUGUAUGUAAACUAUGACUAAAUUUUUAUCACGUUCAUGUCGCGGUGAAACUGAUAACCAGCUUGUACAAACAACAUAAGCAGAAGAAGAAGAAGAGGUUGUUCAUGGCACGUUUGUCACAACUUUGCACUCCUUUUGAGAUGAACCGUUGCGUAGCGUAUCUGUUGUUUUUAAGACCCCGUCAUUAAUGAUGUUGAUUUGGUUUGUUUGUUUGCGGCGAUUUGUACGUAGACCAGCCCACCCUCGCAUCAACAUACACACACUCCUAUGUGACGUGUGACUGACGCCCAGUAAGAAUCCCCCAUGUCCGAGCAAACAAUGUGCCUCAUCGUAGCAGUCGUUGUCUUGCACUACUAAACAUUCGACAGAAGCCUGAACAACCUUUUCUGCUUUUAUUUUUAAAUACUGUCGAGACAUUUGUGAAGAUUUUAUGUCCGUUUGUGUUUUGUUAAAGUUGGUUCUCCUUUUUUACGAGCCUUGACGAUGUUCUUGAUGUUGUGUAUAUUCCUUUUUUGUUUUUGACCCGCAUCCCCAAUAAUCAGGUAUUUGUGUCACCCCACCACCACCACCAAACACACACCUUCGCUCUUUAGGAUCAGGUGUGUCUUUUAUGAAGUCAUCAAUUGUACAUUUAUACAGCUCUGCUACUUUGCUUUCACAGCAAGAUCAUCUCUACAUUUCCACCCCAAUCUUUACUUAGUUGAGCUGUCAUUUUAAAUCCCUCUUGAGCAACCACUUUGUAUUAUUGUCACACACAUGCACACACGCAUCCAGUCGCUGCAGCUACUGUGCCAUCUGUGGACCCCCCCCCCCAAAAAAAAACAACACACAUUUCUCAUUUGGUUCCUCCCCAACCCAAAAUGUUGGCAGCGGCCUGGCUUUUGAUGUCACGGGAAGACGAGCACUUAGUAGACCCCGCCCCCACCACAUCGCUGACAUUUCACCACUUUGUUUUAAAGCAAUGGAAGCAAAGAAAUAGGAAGUAUCAAGUUAGUCCUCAGAGGUCUUUCUUGUGCUGUUUCUUUGCAUCCUGUUUUUAACUGAAAAUCAACAGUGUCCACUUUUUUUUUUUACUUCCUUUUCCUGAAUGGCAUUAGUAUUGUAGUAGAUGAAAAAGCUAGCUUUUUUUGUAAAGUGUGAAUAAAAGAUGUAUCUCAUGUUUCCUUUCUAAAAUAUUGAAUUGUGUUGAUGUAUAAAUACUGAAUUCUACGACGGUAUUGUUUGCUACUUUUUAGUACUUUCCCAUCGUACGCGCCGAUCCCGCCAUAAACCAAAUCCUCUGUAGAUUAUGUGUACAGGAGUUGAAUGUUCCGGAAUGAAGGACGGGGCGUUUUGGCAUCAGGAAGUGUGACUUUUUCUUUUUUUUUUUUUUUUUUUUAAAUUUGUGGUUUUGUUACCUUUCAGCUUUAUUGCGUAUAUUUUGUCUGGCACUAGCUGGAGAGUGCUAGUGCCUGAAGGUGAGGGCAGCAGAGCUGACCUCCUCGUGGCUGCCGAGUCUAUGAUGUGCCGCUGGUCGCCAGACUGCUCCUGUGAUCAUUUCUCUCUUUUUUUUUCUUCUUCCCUAUUUCAUAAUGUCCCAUUGCUUGAUUUCGCACGCAUCCCUCGCGAAGGGAGACUGCCGCCUCCGAGGGCCGAAUCGCAGAGCAAAACCCGUACGAUCGUGUUGUGCUUUGUGAUGUUUUUUUUUUUUUGUGCUCCUUUGGGCAUAGACUGAUCUAUUUCCCCCAAGCUGCAUCUUUUUGUUGUUGUUGCAGUGCACACCAAAGCUGCUCGUAGUAACAGAUCAUACCCCCACCCACCAAUCCAAGUUAUGUGAAAAGAACUGACUAUAUUACUUUGUUAUAAUUGAUUGCAUCCCUUUCAGAAAAACGGCAAUAAUACUCAACAUUCAAACACUUUUUAAAGGCAUUUUAUGUGGAGACUAAUGUAGCUUCUUUCAUCUUUUAACACUGCGCUCACCGUUGUUAGCUGAUACAUUGAUUUCACCUGUAUAUUUGCUCAUCUCCUUCCCUUGCUGACCUCGUGCUAGUUGUUCAAUGAUCAGGAUUGUCUAUCUGUAGUCAGCUGAGUACAUUUUAUUGAUCUGUCACUGUGUUCAUGCACUGGACCAACUAUUGUUUACCAUUCAUGAAAUACCAGCAACAACAAAAAAAUAAUAAUUAAUAACCGACUAUAAAACACUUGCACAAUGUUGUAGAAUGUCCAUUAACCCAGACAAGAAAUCAAGGCAGCUCUUUUCAAAUCAACGCAUAUUACAGUAUUUGAAAAAGGAACUGAAUGGUAAACAAUGUUUUCUGUUGUACACUUAGCCGUCCUCUCAAUUCUCUUGGACUAGUUUUGUACUUUUUUUUUCAUUGACUACAGGUUCUGCUUGUUUCCUUUUCACCAACCUAUGUAUUUUCCUACUUGUUCAGAAUAAAUUCUAUAUUAUCUGUUUCAA